UUAACAUAUGUGUAUGUGUGUACAUGUGUGUGGGCUGUGACGUACGCCGGCUGGGAGCAAUGACCAGCUGCGUCAACGUCUGCAAGCGUGUCCAUCAAAUUGAAGUUGAGCUCCUUAAGGAAACGGAUAAGGUGGAGCACAGUCUGCUGCUAAUUAAGGGACGCCUGCAGCCGAUCUGUGCCAGCGCCCAGCAGCUAAAGGCGACGCUCACACUGCGUAAAACCGAGCAGGAACAGCUGACACAACUGUCCGCUGCAAGCGAAUUUAAACUGCUCUUCGAUUUGUCAAAAGAGGAUUCGAAAUCGGAAUCGAGCUCGGAAUCGGAGCCGGCUGUGAAUUGUGAGCUUCAGCUGCGCUGCUGCAGCGGGCAGCGUCAACUGCAGUUCAGCUAUCAGCCAAGGAGGAGCGCAUAUCGAGUGCAGCCGCUAUAUUUGGUGUGCCAAAACAACGAGAAAGAGAAGGACGACCACGAGCAGGAGGCGAAGCAGCGCUGUGCUUUAAUUGAUCUAAAUUUGCGCCUGGUGCAGUGCAUCUAUGCGCAUAAAUUGAGCGCCGCCGGCUAUAGAAAUCGCACAUUUACUUUAAACGGCGCCUGUUGCGUGUUUCGCUCGCAGCUGAGCUGCCAGGAGGCACGCAAGUGCAGCGAGGACGAGCUCUGGCAGAGAUUCGCCAGCGAGAUACUCGCCUCUUCCGCCUGGGGACAACAGCUCCAGCUGAAAUUCGUUGCCUUUGUGGGCUGCACGUGGUACAACGGCGCCGCAGUUGCAGCUAGCGGGGAUUACUCGUACACGAACAUCCGGCGGCAUUUGCACGCCCACGCCGCUUUGGGUGGCGGCGGAUUGGCGCUCUUUGGCAGCGGCCAUUUCUAUGCGUGGCCGCAACGCUUUGCGGACAUUGGCGACUGCAUACGGAGCACUGAGCGCGUGGAUGUGACCCGUUUGCCCGACGAGAGCAACUAUCGGCGCACCUACGGCGGCGUCUAUGCCAGCACCCUGGGCGCUGUCUGUCAUGAGCUGGGCCACUGCUUCGAUCUGGGUCACACCCUUGAGGGUGUCAUGGGCCACGGCUUUGAUUACCUAAACCGCGUGCUAACCGUUGAUCAGCCCACAGAGCACUUGCCUCAGCGUAUGGUGUCCACACCAGCAGCUGAGGCAACCAUAUCGCCGCCUCGUCCACGCUUCACCCAGCUAAAGAUUAAGCAGCCGGCGAGCAGCAAAUUCCUGGAUAAUUAUCACACCCAGCGUCGCAACGAUAGCUUCUACUUUGCCCACAAUUGUGCCCUCAUUCUUGCCCAGCAUCGUUGGCUGCAGCCUGAUCUGCAAGCGAACACCUCGGCGGCACCGGAGAUCCAGCUGCUGCCAGCUAACAAGGAGAUAGUGUCCAGUGUGCCGCUGCGCCUUAUCGAGCUGCGCUGCAAUCGCAACAGCCUGGCCGCACACUACGAGGAGUUCAAGCCGGAGUCUGCCACUUAUCGCUUUCAGCUGCCUGACUCGCUCUGGCAUCUCUUGGCUACACAGAGGACGCACUACGUCUUUGUGCUGACUAUUGAGGGGGAUACCAAGCGUCUGGCCUUUGACGAGACGCCAGCAGGAGUAGAAGCCGAGCCAGCACAGUAACCAGACGGGGAGCAGUGAGAACUCUACUAUUUCUAUGAACGGACGUUUUUCAAGGCAUCAUCGAAAACAAACAUAACGG